CGACUUCCCCGCGCUGGCCGCGUCCCGGCUGAGCCGCAAGAAGCGGGUGGUCGGCGCGGCCGUCGGCGUGGCCAUGGUGCUGGUGCUGCUCGUGGCCAUCCCGCUGCUGGUGCACGGCUCCCGCGCCGCGGCCCGCUACGAGAUGCUGGGCAGCUGCCGCAUGGUCUGCGACCCCUACGCGCCCCGCAGCCCCGAGCCGGGGCAGGGCCAGGACCUGGCGCUCAUCUCCCCGCCGCCCUCGCUGCCCGCCGCCAAGGGCGACCCCAAGAUCGCCUUCUACGCGGGGCUGCGCAAGCCGCACGAGGGCUACGAGGUGCUGCGCUUCGACGACGUGGUGACCAACGUGGGCAACUACUACGAGCCGUCCAGCGGCAAGUUCACCUGCCCGCUGCCGGGCAUCUACUUCUUCACCUACCACGUGCUCAUGCGGGGUGGCGAUGGCACCAGCAUGUGGGCCGACCUCAUGAAGAACGGGCAGGUGCGGGCCAGCGCUAUUGCCCAGGACGCCGACCAGAACUAUGACUACGCCAGCAACAGCGUCAUCCUGCACUUGGAUGUGGGCGACGAGGUCUUUGUCAAGCUGGACGGGGGCAAGGUGCAUGGCGGCAACACCAACAAGUACAGCACCUUCUCCGGCUUCAUCAUCUACCCGGACUGAGCCCCCCGCCCCCGCUGUGGCAUGGGGUGACCGGGGAUCGGGACCCCCCGGCCUAGCUGGGAAGGGGGAGCCCGCUGCUUAGGGCAUGGGCACGGGGCUUGGGGGUGUGGGGGGCCAGGACUGCGGGGCUGCUCUGGGCUCCUAGACGCCCCCACCUCUGGCUGUCCCAGAGAGCAGCCCUCCAGCCUCUGGGGCAGCACCAGAGUGGGCAAUGCAGUCCCUGCCCCCCCAUAGUCCCCAGAGCCCUCAAGGGGGGGGAAUCCCCCCAGACAGACAGAGCCUGCACCUGGCCCUCCACCAAGGUUUGGAGACCCCCGUCCAUACCCCCAUAAGAAUGGAGGCACCCAGCUCCCCCCACCCUAGGGUUGCCCCCUGCACACCUCUCUCCAAGAGCCCCUCCAACUCAGCCUUAUCUGCUGAUACCAUCUGUGUCCCGGGCUGUGGGAGGGGGCUGCAGGGCCAGGGGGUCAUUGCCACGGCCACGGGCGCUGCUACCCACACCCAAGGUGUCCGUGGGUCUGCCCCACCCCCAGCCACAUGCCAGAAAUGAGUGGAAUGGCUCACUCGUGUGUCAUGGGCCCCGCGCUGCAGGCUGUGUGCAGAGAAUCCCCCUGCUCACGCACCUGCAUAGGGCUGGGCAGCACCAGGCACAGGGUGGCAGCAGGAGAGCGAGGCACAGGGGUGCUGAGGGUGCCAGGGAGACCCCCGCUCAUUGCCCAUGGGGCCAGACCUUCCCUGCGCUCCCCAGCUGCCCCCGAGCCCCAUCUCUGCAUGCACAGCCCCCUGCCCCCCCCGCAGGCUGGAGCCACCUCACUCCCCCUCUCCACAUACAGCUGUGCAGGUUUACACACGCGAGCCUGUGUGCACACCGGUGGGUUUGCACACGUGUGUGUCUGCUGAGUCAUCCCCCUCCUUUGUCUGGUGACACUUUACACCUCCUCAUCUCGCUCCAGGCACCCCCCCCCCCGAAGAAAGCACCCCCAGUGAAGCUGCAGCCCCGCAGUGACCCCCCAGAA